AUGGCACAGGAUGUGCGCAAUUCACGCCUUCCUCCUCCAGAACUCGGACCUGUCCUAGAUGAGCGAUUGAUCGAAACACCGUACGCUGCGGAUGGCGCCUCCUACCACUCUCAUAACGGCCAGAACAGUGAAUCCCGAUCCUGGGAGCCCCUUCGUAACGGGACGCUCGAACCGUCUUCUAGCAAUACACGCACCCCGGAUGGCUCAGUUUCGCACGAAGACAACGAGACUUAUCAUGGUUUGACUGGGAAAAGACUACGGACGCUACCAGCCUGGAUCAAAUCGGUCGAAUACCCAGAGGACGAAGCCGAGUCUUCCGUCACAUCUCGUCUCUUACCUUCACAACCGGACGAGGCCGUCGUCGCGCAACACAAUCACUCCCCUUAUGCAACGUCGAGGCCCAAACCUGAGUCGCUUAGUAGAGAAGGACUAGACGGAGACCAUGAGGCGGCUGCAGGCCGCGAGUCGCGCUGGAAGAACUUCUCCAAAUCGAUUGCGUACCCACGAGAACCGGGCGCGGAAGAAAAGCUUGUGACGCCGGAAUGGCUAAAUGAGAAUCAUGGCGACUACUCCCAACCCUGGCGCGGGCAGCUGGAAGAAUGGGAACAGGAAGAUACGGAGGACCCUAUGCGCAUGAAGAAACGCAGGCAGAUUUGGUUCAAACGCUUCCAUAAUACUCUUCUGAAGAGCCCUAUGGUGCCGCUGAUAUUUCGGCUGACAGGGCCCUCGGCCCUAAUGGCGAUUAUCGUUGACGCAGUCGCUUUGGUCUACCUCGUGUACAUUACAUGGGAUGAGUAUACAUCGAAGCCCCUGGGCCUCCGCUCGCCAUCAGCCAAAGCUCGGCUCGUUCUUCUGGAUAUCUUCUUCAUCGUCUUUGAUUCAGCCAAUCUCAGUUUGGCUUUCGAAUCCCUGAGCACUGUCAGUGGCGCGUGUACUGUGGGCGAGAUCAAUCAAGAAAUUGCCCCAAAGAACGACGCUAUCUGCGAUCGCCAAAAGGCACUGGCUUGUGUAUUGUUAAUUGCUCUCUUGGCGUGGCUCACGACAUUCUCUAUUAGUGUUCUCAGGCUUGUGGAACGCGUCGCUCAAUGA